UUAAUCUUUAUGUGAUCUUUAAUUUAUUUAUUUUUUAAAAAAAUGGUCUCCUUUUUUAGGUAUUUGCGUUUCUUAGGAUGCCAAAACUCCUUCAAAUAUGCUAUUUGAAACACCAAAUCGGAUGUCAGACAAAAGAUAUUCCACUUAGGCGUAAAUACCUUAAUUCAAUUUCUGGACCCCCAUCCUUUGACAGCCAGAACAGUCCGACUCAAGAAAAAAUCUUAUAUUUUUUUAAUCAACAGACAGAAGAAAAUAUAAUCUGGAUGCCUUACAAGGAUGUUAAAGUUCGUCCCCCCUAUGACUCACAAAUUGGUAUAGCGAAAUCAAUUACACAUGUGAUUGAAGGAAGUAAUCAUAUACCUCACCGUCCACAUCUAGUCCCCAAACAAUUGUUUGAAGGAGAUAUUGACCCGAAUUCCAUUGGGUCUUUGGUUCAUCUCAUCAAUACAUCUUCUACAUUAUCGGAAUUCAAAUCAAAUUGGGAGACGAGACGGAAUCGGUUGGUGUUGGAGGCAAGUGAGGAAAGUGAGGCAAGUGAGGCAAGUAUGGAGGUGCGAUGGAAUCUGAAUUCUUCAACAGCACCAUCAAAUAAUGAGAGGCCUACGAGAGUGAUAGAGGAAGAGGGAACCAAUCAGAAUUCUUCAACAACACCAUCAAAUAAUGAGAGGCCUACGAGAGUGAUAGAGGAAGAGGGAACCAAUCAGAAUUCUUCAACACCAACAUCAAAAUGGGAGAGACAGAAUCGGUUGGACUCAGAUGAGGCAAUUAUGGAGGAAGAGGGACCAAAUCUUGAAACUCGACUACUAAUUUACCAGGAGAGAGUUGAAGCUGGAGCAUCCAGUUACCAGCCGACAACUCCUUCAGGUAAAUAUUUGAUAGCACAUAGACUAAGGAGAAGGGUAAACCCGUCAUUUGGAGGGUUUAUCAAAGGAGAAAUAAAAUAAAUAAAUAAUGUAAUAUUAUUGUGUUACUUUAAAUUCAAAUAGUUAGUUAUUGGCGGUUAUUGGCUGAUGUUGUGGAUUGUAUUUAAGUUUGUUGUUUAUUGUCUUUUAUGUAAUGUGAGAAGUUUAUUUGGAAGUUAUUAGGCCAGAAGAAGUUAUCUUCUGAGAGAGCAAACAACUCUUGUAGUUUUUUCAAAUUGUAUUUUCUUUGUUUGUCUAUGAAAAAUCGCAAGUUCCUUGCAAUUUCCCUUUCUCUAUAAUUCUGUUUUGUACUCACCGUCAGAAUGGGGUUGUUAAAAGAAAACAUAGAGAUAUUGUUGAGAAAGGUCUGUCCUUGUUGUCUCAAGCUUCUCUUCCCUGUCAUUUUUGGGAUCAUGCAUUCCAUACUGCAGUUUAUCUAAUUAACAGGUUGCAUGCCUCACACACUAAUCUGAUCCCUGUCCAAGUUCCUUGCAAUUUCCCUUUCUCUAUA